AUGAGUGGAAGCAGCUCUCCAGACUACAAAGCGCUUUUCCUCAAAGAGAGGGAACGCAACCGACCGACGACUUUCCCAGAGUUCAUCCAACAUUGCCACGAUCUCCUUUGGAGGCCACUCCGAGCCCAAACACCGUCUCGCUCAACGACAGGCAAAAUUCCCGCUCCUAUCGGAAAACACUGCCCCCUACGACUGCGUCCGUGGACUGACUGUGAGGAUAAACAGCGGGAAAUUUACGAAUCUGUUUGCCGUUACCUGCAGCCAGCAGGAGAAGAUGCACCACAGUUAUUCACGUCACUCGUUGCGUUGGAAGACCAUGGUCGACGAUUCGCACGUCGACCGAUUAGCAGCGAACAAGAUCUCGAGACCUACGAGCGACUCGCCGUCGAAGACCACGUGCACGACAUUGUCGCCGAGCUGUGCAAAAUACCAGAGGCUCGCGAAGAGUUCCGGUUAGGCAACGGAGUGUGGUUCGAUAAUCACGCCAAUGCUCUGGAGGAAGACGAUGAAGUCGAGCCAUCAAUCACAAAUCCUUCAAAGCCUGAUCAAUUUUGCAUCCAUCGGAUGGACGGUAACAGGAGUACCUUGCUCACCACGGUCGAAUACAAACCCCCACACAAGCUCUCCGCUGCGAACCUGCGGUUAGGCCUCCGACCGAUGGAAUUUUGGCGAGAAGUGGUCCAACCUGAUCAUGUUCCGACGGAGGAGCCAGAGAAGUCAAGAUAUCACGCCGAGCGGUUGGUCGGAUCAGCCAUCGUCCAAGAAUUUCAUGUGAUGAUUCAAGAGGGUCUGGAAUAUUCAUAUCUAACGAACGGUCUGAUGGACGUGCUGCUCUGGGUGCCCUACGAUGACCCAACUAUCGUUUAUUACGACCUGGGUGACCCCGGUAUAUACGGAAUGGCGGAUGCUGGAGGGCCUAGAAUUCCGAGGACUCGCAUUGAGAGGACGCUUUGCCUCUGUCUGAUGAGUUUUCGCACCUUCAUUCGUGAUCAGGCGUGGCGGAAUGCCGCAAAAGACAAUCUACCGAAAUGGCGCACGAGUUAUGAUAGCGAUCGCUCCCAGAUCGUAGUGGUGGAUUUACCACUGGACGAUGCUAGCUCCGAUUUUGCUAGUCCUGAGCAGACGACCUCGGAAUACCUCACAUCAUCGUCUCCCGUCACCGGGCCUCGAGUGACCACACGAGCGGCCGCUAGCUGCGCCCCACCAUCCGACCAACAUCCUCGAGGGGAUUCUUCUGAUUCUGAGGCUGAUCCUGCUGCGCCUGCUGGACGGAAGCGGAGGUUCAGCCUGAUCCCAUCGUCCCCUCCAACCCAACGGCCUGCACCCCGAGCAGAUCGCCAUGGGAACGAAAGCGGGCAAUCUCGCUCCCAUGAUGCUCCAUUUUGCACGCAAAGGUGCCUUCUCGGGCUACAGCAAGGCGGCCCGGUUGACCCUGCGUGCCCCAAUACGGGCCUACAUAUACUUGGCAGAAGGGAGGACCGCCAUCCGAUCAGCGCAGUUGACUUGGUGAAGAUGCUUAAGGCGCAGCUCGAUCAUGAUCUAGAUCAUAACUGCACUCCCAUGGGCCCUUAUGGGUCUUGUGGGAAGUCCGGCGUACCGUUCAAGAUUACAUGUUCCACCUUCGGAUAUACUGUUAUCGGGAAAGGGACGACUUCGAAACGCUGGCGUAUGGUCUCACGCGAAGCCGAGGCCUACGGGGUCCUCCAGCGUGCCCAAGGAUCGGCCGUUCCCGUCUUUCUCGGGGCAAUCAAUUUGGUCCCAACCUACUUCCUUCACGGCGCGGGAAGGAUCCGUCAUAUGCUUCUCAUGGGCUGGGGUGGCGAAAGCGUGGGCGAUACUCUUUCAGACAAGACCAUCCAGCGUGCAAUUUCUCGGUCGGUGAAGGAAAUCCGCCGUUUCGGCGUUGUCCAUCAGGAUCUCCGUCCGGACAACAUCUUGUGGAAUGCUGAGCUCCAGCGAGCUCUCAUCAUUGAUUUUCAUCUGUGCACCUUGGAUUAUCCACUGCUGGAUAGACGGCCAGGUGCACUUAAACGAUUACGGUGUGGUCGUGAAGAACGUCACUCAAAACGGGUGCGUGUGGUAUGA